GUGUAAUUGUAGUUCUGUCCCUAUGCAGCUCAUAGGAGUGGCCUCUCAGGAGCCCAGGCUCCCUUUGAGGAUGUUUGGGGUUGAACUGUGUUCCCCCACAAGCUGAAGUCCUAACCCCUAGUACUUCAGAAUAUCACCUUAAUAGGAGACAGGGCCUUUAUGGAGGGAAUCUAGUUACAUGAGGUCAUUAGGGUAGGCCCUAAUCCAAUAUAACCAGUGUCCUCAUAAAGGUGGGAGGUUAGGAGGCAGACAUGUAUACAGGGAAAAUGCCAUGUGAACAUGAAGACAGCCAUCUACAAGCCUAGGGUUGAGGCCUCCUUCGCAGCCUCAGAAGGAACUAACUCUGCCAACAGCUUGAUUUAGACUUCUAGCCUCCAGAAGUGUAAGAAAAUCAAUUUGUGUUGUCUAGAAACCGAGUCUGUGGUACUUUGUUCUGGCAGCCCUGGGGCACUAAGAGGGCAAGACCAUGGCUGUGCUGAGCUGUGUGGGGCUUUGGUCCAGAGCUGAGAAGUGGGCAAGGCUUUGUGGGACAAAGCCACCUAGGAGUCUUGCAGGUCCUGUGACGUCUUGAGCCUGGAGCUGCCAUAGAACCUUCUUUGGACAUUGGAGCUGGGGUACACUCUGUUUUCAAGGGACCUGGCAGACAUUCCCCUGUACCUUGAACCCCCAACUGGGUGACUUUAUUCUGGAAGUUCUGGAAAAUGCUCCAACCUGCUUUCCCAGUCUGAACUUUCCCUUGCCCCUCCUCUGUCUCAGGCUAUGGGAAGAUGGGGAAGAGGCCCAUUCCUGGUCUCAGAGAUUCCUUGGUUCAGAGAGUGGAGGACCCAUGGUCAGAGUUUAGGGACAUGCCCUCUGCUUCCAGAGCCCUUAGAUGGCUCUCUUCCAGUCUUUCCUCCUGAAUGUCCCUCUGUCUCUAUUUCUUUCUCAUCUCCCCCUCCCCCUUUAGGGCGGGCUCUCUCCAGGGCGGGCUCCCUCCCCUGGGCGGGCUCCCUCCCCAAGGCCCGCCUCUGCUGCUCUGAAAUCAGCUGACUUCUUUCUGCUGCAGAAACCUAAGCAGGGUUCUAUUCUGGGAGGGUGUGGGAGCAGGUGUUUGGCUCAGUGGGAGACUUUCUAGAAGUUUUAAAAAAGGCUGCUGCUCUGAAACAUUCCUCAUACCUGCUCUUCCCCAUCAGGCCACAGCCCUCUGAACCCUGAGCAGCCAUGGGCAAGAGCAAGACAUUCCAAGAAGAAAUAAAUAAAGCGAGGGAUGAAACGCACAUGGCUUUAGACAAUUUCUGGGAUAAUCUCCAAGGCAGUGAAGAAGACCAGGUCACCUUACACCUAGAAAAGCUGGAGAACAACAUCAGUGAGGCCUCGCUUAAGGCCCUAUUUGCUCACUGUGAGAAAAACUGCCCGGAAUCCACUCCCUUGCUUCUGGAACAGCAGGAACUGCGUAAGAGAGUUAAAGGUGGAGACCGCCCUGGAAGUGAGGGUCCAGGUUUUACUGGACAGAACCCGGGCCCCGAGCAGGACUUCAAGCAGGAAGGCUCGCACAACAUGAGCCCAGAUGAUUCUGAGAGGGCCCGGAAGCCAGAGGAGAGCUUUUGUCAGUGGGUACUGAGAUUGUUCAAAUCGAUGCUAAGGCGACUGCAGAAGACGUGGCAGGACGUGCUGGCCUGGGUGCAAGAGAAGUUGGCCCCCUUUCUCAGUGCAGUGAAGUCCAUCUGGAGUCAGAUUGAGAAAUUCUGCAGCGAUGUGAUACAGAGCCUCUUGAGUUUCUUUGGGGCCUAAGAAGUCCCAUGAAGUCCCGCAGGAGCUCAGCCACUCCUACCAGCUCUUUGAUCCCUCCCUUCUUGGAAAGAAUCUUCUGAAGUAGCUUUUGGCUUCCUGCUCACCCUAGACCUGUUCUUGGCCACCUCCCUCACUCCCUGUCCACAUCCCCUCCAACCUGCCUGCCCUGGUUUUCUUCUGCGGGUCUGACCUGUCGCUCUUGCUUUGGCAUUUUAAUAAAAGUUGAUUGAAACGAA